AGGAAUCCCCUUCAAGCGUACAUAUACAUCAAAGAUGUCUAGGGUCAGUUUUGAAGACGUCCUGAAGGCCCACGAAAGAAUUGUCAGUCAUAUUCACAAGACACCCGUGUUUACCAGUUCGUCAGUAGACAAAAUAGCAGGAAGAAAAGUGUAUUUUAAAGCCGAAUGUUUGCAGAAAACUGGAUCGUUCAAGGCUAGAGGUGCACUAAAUGCUAUACUGGCCCUGAAGGACACUGGCAAUUCUUCUGCAGGAGUGGUAACUCACAGCAGUGGUAACCAUGGCCAGGCUGUGGCCUGGGCGUCACGACUGGCUGGUCUCCCCUGUUCUGUAAUAGUACCACAAGAUACUACAGCCGUAAAGCAAGAUGCCAUCAAGGGCUAUGGAGCUAACUUAAUUCUUUGUGAGUCCAGUCCCACCUCCAGAGUUGAAACAUGUAACAAGGUUGCUAAGGAAACGGGCCAGGUGAUUAUCCCACCAUAUGACAAGUAUGAAGUUAUAGCUGGUCAGGGAACGAUAGCUGUAGAGCUGCUCACUCAAGUCCCAGACUUAGAUGCCAUUAUAGUUCCCAUCAGUGGAGGGGGCCUGAUAUCUGGCAUAGCCACGGCAGCCAAGGAAAUUAAACCUAACAUCAGAGUGUAUGCUGUGGAACCUGUGGGUAAAGAUCUAGAGCAUUGCUUAAGGGAAGGCAAAAGGUUGUGGCCGAAUCCCCCCACGUUUCUGGAUACAAUAGCUGAUGGUAUAAAAACACAACAGGUGGGGCAACUCACCUGGCCUAUAGUUCUAAGUUUGGUUGAGAAGGAUGUUUUCACAGUGAGUGAUGAGCAGAUAAAAGAUGCUAUGAAGUUUGCAUUCCAGAGAUUGAAGCUGGUAAUAGAGGCUGCAGCUGGUGCAGCUAUGGCUGCUGUUAUAUCACAGAAAAUGAAACAGCUUGAUCCAGCCAUUGCCAAAGUGGGAGUGAUUCUCUGUGGGGGUAAUGUGGACAUCUGUAACUUACCAUGGAAAUAAAAUUUCCACAUUAUUGUCCAGAUACAAAAUGUUGCAAUUUUUAAAUUUUUUAUACUCUAGUCCAAUUGUUUGCAUCGUAUGUGUUAUUGAAAAUUAUAAUACCUCUACACUGACAUUAUUUUUCCAGGGUUUAAUGUAAUUUUAUAAUAGUAUACACAUGAAUUACAUAUCUAUUCCUGUAUUUUGAUGCCACAGUGUGUGUGAUUUACCAUUACAGUUAACCUACCAGUUUUUGUGUAGAUGCCUGUUUCUGUAAGAUGUCAGUUUUGUCUCUUGUGCCUGUAUUCUUCCUCAGCUGUUACAAAAAUUGAUGUGGUUUCAUAGAAAGAAUAAAACUAACCCCAAUUACAGUUAGGCUGUAUGUUCACAUCCCACACCAGUCAGGUAAGCUGGUGGUGUGAGGUACAUGUAAGGUUGUUUUUCCAGUGGGAUAUUUCUUGACUCAUAUAUUUUAGUGCUAAAGAAUAAGAGAAAAAUACUUCGCAUGUGGUGCUAUAAGAGAAGUCAGAUUUAGACAGUUUCAAAUAUAUGGGCUGUACAUAGUUUCAUAAUCAUUAUAUUGUGAGAAAUAAAUGAGGUACCCAUGGCUCAAGCUCUAACUUCUGUGGAAUUCAAUCUAGAAAGAUUGCUGUCUACUCUUCCAAACUUUUUGACCGGCACCGAUAGCACAGUUGGUAGAGCAUCUGCUUCGGGAGCAGUAGAUCCAGGGUAAAUCCUGGGUCAAGUCACACCUAAGACUUUAAAAGAGGAAGUUGUAACUUCCUCGCUUGGUGUUCAGCAUUCAGGGGAUAGUGCAACAACUGGUUGACCCAUAUCAGUAUAAUGGCUCGGGCGGGCACCUUACUUGGCGCCUGAGUGAGGCAGCACUAGAUAAAAGAGUGGUGGAAAUCCGUACUGCAAAAAGA